AUGAGUGCUUCUAAUGUGACGGAUACAAAUAAAGGCUCCUUGGAUUCUCAUCAUGGGAACCAUGUACAACAGAACACUGAACGCAGCCUAGAUACAGCUAUUCCAGCCGAGGAGCUCGUGCAUGUAGAUCCGGAAGUUACAAUUGAUCGAGAUCAUUGCUUCGGAGCAUUUGCGUCUAACGACGUGAACGUGGAUGACGCUCCCUCCACUCAGCGGAGGCUUGUAUCGCAAAUGGACCUACGUAUAACCGACUACUUUACGCAUGCGCAAUGCCUCGGUAGUUACGUUCUGUACUCGAUACACUUUAACGACUUUGGGGUCGAGCGAGUGGUGACACGCCGUUAUUCCAGCAUUUGUUAUUACGACAGCAAGUUGCGUGGAGCUGGGUAUACACCGCCAGCUUCACUCCCAGAGAAGCGGUUUUGGGGCAAGAUGGACCCCCGCUUUUUGUCGCAGAGGUAUCAGGGCCUGAAGAUUUAUUUUUCGCAGCAGCUGCGUUACCCUAGUAAUGUGCAACUGUCCUUGUUGUACAUGUAUCUAGGUUGCGAAACCGAAUCGCUUUUGUAUCUCAAUCUGGUGACAGCUAGGACUAAGGAGGAGAAGCUCACUGCUCUGAGUCUCCUGUUCAGGUACCUAAUGAUGUCCCCCACUGAACGUCGCAAUUUCCUCAAGCGGAUAGUAUCAGCAAAACACACUUCCUUCAAACACCUUUCAGCCGCAGUUGAUGAUGACGCGUGUAUGGAUGACUUUCCGGCUGACUACCGGCUCUUCCACCCGUUGGUAGUAGCCUCCCUGCUCGAGUGCCUAGCAUUUAACGAAGCGAAGGCCGUCUGUGAGGUAUGUGGUAUAUUCCUCUGGAUGCUGCAACGCGAAGAUGUCUUUCGUUAUAGCGUUUUGAGGGUAGAGACUAUUGCGCACGUGACCAAGGCAGUUUCGCGUUUGCUGGUUAGCAAUAAGAUGGUUGACCUCGGCUUGCCGCUAGAUAGCUUCCGCAACCCGCUUGGAAUUCGACUAUUGGCUUCAGAACCGGGCGCCAGCUACUGCGUGUGGAAUAUUACCUCUUACUUUGUGGUAAACGCUGUUAAUCUCCUGCCGGAAGCUGCGCUUAAAUUUUUGGACAACAGUUCGAUCGAGAAGCUGAUCGAUUUGGUUGAUCGCAAUGAUUAUGGUGUGACACGCUGUAUCGCCCUUUGGCUGUUAUGGAUCGGCAUGUGCGAUGACCAGGUGCAACAUUCUGUGGAUCGUGAUGUCCUGGGCUUGUUGCUGAAAAAGCUCUACGGCUCUACCGAAACAACGCUUAGGGUCAUGUGUGGUUUGUUGCUGGUGUCGUUGAUAUCAGGCGGGUGGUUUCGUGAUGACGAGAAGCCGCGUGCAACAGUAUACGUGUUGAACUUGUUGCCCAGCUCGCGUGGCCUGGACGAUUUCAUCUGCCAACAGAUAUUUUCUUACCGUUCCGUUAAACUCUUCGCCGCUUUGCUGGGUGACUUGUCCAUGUGUCACGGCACUCGCCUAUUUCUGGUCUCAGUGCUUUUACAGCAUUUGACAUUAGGAUUCGAGCCCUCGCAGCAGACAGCAUCCUCUUCCCAGCUGUGGGAUGCGGACUACGGCGACAAUGUUUUCAGGCUCUCUCACGCCCUAUUUGGCGAAGAUGACCCUGACUACCGCGGCGAUUUGAGAGUGAACAAUGAUAUGACGUUUGGGGAGAAGUUCGCCUCGCUGUAUUUGCUCAAGUACGGCGCUCUGGCCGCCGAUGUUUCGGAUACCCUGUACGGCAUCAUCGAACAGCUCCCAGCCAAUGAGGCGGCGAACUCGAUGGGUUCUGAUGACACUGACUAUUCUCCGAGGCUCUACCAAUCGACGGCUUUUUGCCUGCUUCUCCUACCGUUCAGCUGUGUGCCUAAGGAGGAUGGGGAUUACUUCGCCGUUGACUUUGAUACACAGUCAGCUCGGGCAUACUAUCGCAACGUUGUUAAUUUCUCAGGCGGGUUGGUGCGUCUGACCCUGGAUAGCGCGGACCAUAUAAAUCUGGAAGACAGAGUGCUCCUGCGUCUCGAUGACGAGUUCUUCAAUCGGCGUGUAUCAGUUCUGCGCAUAAUGUUGUCAACAUUCGAAGCUAGUAUAUCGGAAUUCGAAGGCAUUCAUUCAUCGGGCAAUGAGACAGCGGGCGAGUGUAUGGAAUUGCUUCGCAAUCUCUGGCACUGCCGGCGAGUGGUUGAGCAGAGCAAGAACUCGGACAUAGUUGUGAGCUUCGAUGCACGCAGCAGCGACCAGUCUGAUCUGUUCAACAACUUCUAUUUCGAGGGCGCCAGUGGCCCUGCAUUUGAGGGGAGCCAAAGUUUCCGCAGUGUGGAUGCUCUUGAACUUUGUUCCUAUGCUAGCGAGGUGGUGCAAUAUAGCGCGGUUCAGCAGCAGUUGCUUCGUACUGUGAAACGCGUCAUACUUUACCACCAGGCUUGCGCCUCCCGUUUGGGCGUCUACCGUUCUAUGGUGGCAUGCCUUAAGCGUCGUACGGAUGAGCUAGGUUUGGACACCCUUAGAGACCUGAGUGAUCUGGAAGAGAAGUUUUUGGAGGCGCAUCAGGCGUAUUUGUUGGGCACGCAGGAAGAGCAUGACUUGGCGGUUACUAUAGAAGAGAAGAAUGCAACGUUUAUUCGUAUCCAUAGCAUGUUGCGCAGUGCCCAGUUGAAGGUCGACGUCUGCAGGAGGCAGAUGCGCUCCACCCAGGCGCGUAUAGACGAUAUUCCCCGACUGCGCAGCGACGGGCUGGCCAACCAGGGCCGGCUCGCACUCCGCAGCGAGCAGUUGGCGGAAUCGAUUCGCGCCGCCAACAACAGCAUUCUGGAGCUGCAGAGCGAAGUGGCCCGAGUUGAAUAUGAGAAGCAGGAGAUCGGCGCUUGUAUCCCCAAGCUGACUGAGUUAUCUUCAAUGUUAGACAAGGGCAUAUACAGCGACAUUAUGUACGUUAUAGAUUCGAUUACUUCCGACGAGAUACGUUCCAAGCUUCGGGAGUCGUUCGACGCCGCCCUGUCCGAGCACGCUGCCAGCGGGUUCCUUGACGCCGAAACGGCUCAACGGCUGAAGUCGGAAGUGCUCCAGCAUCUGAACGAGGCGCAGGAGCGCAUGAGUGCGUUGUACGAUUCGGACGCGAACAUCCAGAUCGCGAAACUAAACCGCCAGGUGAGCGAAUACGAGGACAGCCUGUACCGCACGAACGCCGACCUUCAGAGCGCUCGAAAAUCUAUGGUGAUGGACAGUAGCGUGCUUGAGGAGGCGCUUGCCACGCAGAAGCGGCUGCUGGGUAGCUUAGAGGGUACAGUGAACUAUCUGAGUGGAGAGCUGUCCAGCAUCCAGGUGACCAAGUCGAAACUGGACAAGGACUUGGCCAAGGUGAAGGGUUGCAACGAGGUCGCUCGUUCCGCUCUCGAGCGUAGGCGCACCGAGUUUCUCAACGGGAUCAAGGAGCAGCGCGAGGCCCGCAUGCGCCUGUUUCACGAUCUGCUUGGCGCCGAGUUUCUGUGCAAGAAGCUCUGCCAGGAGAAGUACAAGCUUUCUAAAGCGCUGUCCCACAAGUCGCACCUACUGGAGCCACUGCGGGAUCGUCGCGGCUCCGAGCAUUCUAAACGCCAGCGGUUGAUUGAGACGCUGAAAUUCGCCGUCAAGAGGCUGGAAGAGACCGCUAACUUUCUGGAGUGCCCCGCUAAUGCGGUUGGCAAACCGUUUUAA